AAAUCUCAUUUUUCCCCCCGCCUUGAAUGGAAGCGGUGUAUCAUCUGUUCUGCAAUAGCUAGGGUUUCGUAAUCUGUACAAUUCCAAUCUUUUUCUCUUGUUUUUGUUUUGCGAUUUUUGGUUGCUGGAUUGAUCGCCAGAUGGCCGCUGCUGCGGUGAUCGAACCAACCUUGGCUCGCUGUGGUCUUUACCACCCCAAAUUCGGUAAGCAGAUCUUUGCGAAGGAACUGCGCAACCGGUCGAUCGUCCUCGCUUGCCUGUCACGGGAGCUCGCGGCAGCUGCGGAGCUUGGGCGAUUUCGCCGGAGGAGCCGCUCCCGUGGUCACGCUUCGUCUUACCUCUCUCGUGGAAGCAGGGGCUGGGUGUUAGGAGAGGGGUUGGAUGCAUUGGGCGCUCUCCUGAAGCAUCGGCGGAAAGGGGCGGCUUUUGGCAUCCGAGCUAGCGGUUCAGCGGAGCAGGGUGACGACUCGAACACUAGCUCCAGCGAUAGCACCGUGGAGAGCUCGCAGAGCAAUAGCCAAGGUGUCAAGAAGGUCGCUUCCCAUUCUUCCCCUUCGUCAUCUCCGUCGUCUACGCCUUCUUCUUCGUCGACGCCAUCGUCUUCAUCUUCGUCACCCCGCCGGGAGAACAAGUGGAAGAGCCGCUGGUUGAAGGGCGGAAGAUGGCAGUGGAAGCCGAUCAUCCCGGCUCAGGAGAUCAGCGCCCUUCUCGUCCAGCUGGGCAUUGUUAUGUUUGCCAUGCGAUUACUCCGACCCGGGAUUCCUCUUCCCGGUUCGGAGCCUAGGCCCCCGACUACGUACAUAAGCGUUCCCUUCAGCGACUUCUUGAGCAGGAUAAACAAUGACCAGGUUCAGAAGGUCGAGGUCGAUGGUGUACAUAUAUUGUUCCGACUGCGACAGGAACCUGCCAGCCUGGAGGUUGAUGUUGCAGGGGAGCACCGGGCACAGGAGGCAGAAGCCCUCAUCAAGAGCAUGCCCCCUUCAAAGAGAAUAGUAUACACCACCACUCGCCCAGCUGAUAUAAAGACUCCCUAUGAGAAGAUGUUGGAGAACCAGGUUGAAUUUGGCUCACCUGAUAAGCGCAGUGGGGGUUUCCUAAACUCUGCCAUGAUUGCACUUUUCUACAUUGCUUUGCUGGUGGGAGUUUUUAAUAACUUUAAACUAAACUUUUCCCAGCCUACAGCUGGCCAGUUGAGGAACAGGAAGACAUCAAAUUCAGUUAGUGCAAAAACACCUGAACAUGCUGAUGGAGUCACUUUUGCUGAUGUAGCUGGAGUUGAUGAGGCAAAGGAGGAGCUGGAAGAGAUUGUGGAAUUUCUAAGAAAUCCAGACAGGUAUAUACGCCUAGGAGCACGACCACCUCGUGGAGUCUUGUUGGUGGGUCUGCCAGGAACAGGCAAGACACUGUUGGCAAAAGCUGUUGCUGGAGAAGCAGAAGUACCCUUUAUAAGUUGUUCAGCGAGUGAGUUUGUAGAACUAUAUGUUGGUAUGGGAGCUUCUCGAGUGAGAGAUCUCUUUGCUAGGGCAAAGAAAGAAGCGCCAUCAAUCAUUUUUAUUGAUGAGAUAGAUGCUGUUGCAAAAAGCCGUGAUGGUCGAUAUCGUAUAGUGAGCAAUGAUGAACGAGAGCAAACUCUCAAUCAGCUACUUACUGAAAUGGAUGGAUUUGAUAGCAAUUCUGCUGUCAUUGUCCUUGGAGCAACAAACAGGGCAGAUGUACUGGAUCCUGCACUUCGUCGUCCUGGGAGAUUUGAUCGGGUGGUUGUGGUGGAAACUCCUGAUCGACUUGGAAGGGAGUCCAUUUUGAAGGUUCAUGUCAGCAAGAAAGAACUUCCUUUAGGGGAUGCUGUAGAUCUUAAUGAAAUUGCAUCCAUGACAACUGGCUUCACUGGAGCAGACCUAGCAAAUUUGGUGAAUGAAGCUGCCCUAUUAGCUGGAAGAGCGAAUAAAGUUGUUGUCGAAAAGAUUGAUUUUAUUCUUGCAGUUGAACGGUCAAUAGCUGGCAUAGAGAAGAAACAUGCCAAGCUGCAAGGAGGAGAAAAAGCAGUUGUUGCACGGCAUGAAGCUGGCCAUGCAGUUGUAGGGACUGCUGUUGCAAAACUUCUUCGUGGGCAACCACGUGUAGAGAAAUUAAGCAUAUUGCCAAGGUCAGGUGGUGCGUUGGGUUUCACAUAUACCCCUCCUACAAACGAGGACAGAUAUUUGAUUUUUAUUGAUGAAUUGCGAGGCCGCUUGGUCACUCUCCUUGGUGGACGUGCCGCAGAAGAAGUCGUCUACUCAGGCCGUGUGUCAACUGGAGCCCUGGAUGACAUCAGACGUGCUACGGAUAUUGCCUACAAGGCUGUAGCUGAAUAUGGGCUUAAUCAGAACAUUGGUCCAGUAUCAUUGGCAACCUUAUCAAGUGGUGGCCUUGAUGACUCUGGAAUGGGUUCCUGGGGAAGGGAUCAGGGUCAUCUUGUUGACCUUGUGCAAAAGGAGGUAAAAUCACUCCUGCAGUCAGCUCUUGAAGUUGCUCUUUCUGUGGUACGAGCCAAUCCUACCGUGGUCGAGGGUCUUGGUGCUUACCUGGAAGAAAAGGAGAAGGUGGAAGGCGAAGAGCUGCAAGCAUGGUUGAAAUUAGUCGUAGCCCCUGCAGAACUGACCCUGUUCAUGCAAGGGGAGCCUGGAAAUCUUCUCCAGUUGGAGGCAGGCUCCUGUCGCGUCAAGUGCUGUCACUUGCCGCAGCGGCGUAACCACUCCGCCGUUGCACUUUUCAUGAUAACUGCGCAACUAUCGCCUGCCUCUGUGGCAAGUGGAAGGAGCAGCCAUGUUGCUUUCAGAUUGUCAAGACCUGCUCUUCCCCUUGGAUUUGAUGCUUGUCGGAGCUUGAACAAGGAUUUGUGCUAUAAUUUCGUUGUUAGGCCUAAAGCCACCUUGACCUUUGAUCAUUCAGUUACUGAAUCUACAAAAGCCAAACAAAAGAAGCACACAGUUGAUCCUGCUGCUCCUGAUUUUCUUCCACUUCCUUCUUUUGAGCAAUGCUUUCCAAAGAGUACAAAGGAAUUCACAAACAUUGUUCAUGAGCAAUCAGGUCACAUCCUGAAAGUUCCUUUCAGACGAGUUCAUCUAUCCGGAGAUGAGCAGUACUUUGAUGCAUAUGAUACUAGUGGGCCACAAAAUGUAAAUCCGCAGUUGGGACUUCCUGAGAUAAGAAAAGAAUGGGUGGAAAGGCGGGAGCUAUUGGGUGAACCAAGAUGCACACAGAUGUACUAUGCCAAGCAGGGGAUCAUAACUGAAGAGAUGUUGUUUUGUGCUACUCGUGAGAAGCUUGAUCCAGAGUUUGUGAGAUCGGAGGUUGCACGUGGACGUGCUAUAAUUCCUUCUAACAAGAAGCACCUAGAGUUGGAGCCAAUGAUAGUUGGGAGGAACUUCCUGGUGAAAGUGAAUGCAAAUAUUGGGAACUCUGCUGUGGUGAGCAAUAUUGAGGAAGAGGUGCAUAAACUUCAAUGGGCAACAAUGUGGGGUGCUGAUACUGCCAUGGAUCUAUCGACAGGUCGUCAUAUUCAUGAGACCCGGGAGUGGAUCCUCCGGAAUUCUUCUGUUCCUGUUGGGACUGUUCCUAUCUAUCAGGCCUUGGAAAAAGUGAAUGGUAUUGCUGAAAACCUAACAUGGGAAAUUUUUAGAGAAACUCUGAUAGAGCAAGCUGAACAGGGUGUGGAUUAUUUUACAAUUCAUGCUGGUGUUUUACUUCGAUAUAUUCCUCUUACUGCUAAAAGAAUGACUGGAAUUGUCUCACGUGGAGGAUCAAUCCAUGCAAAAUGGUGCCUUACAUAUCACAAAGAGAACUUUGCUUAUGAGCAUUGGGAUGACAUAUUAGAUAUAUGCAAUCAAUAUGAUAUAUCACUAUCUAUUGGCGAUGGACUGCGACCUGGAUCAAUCUAUGAUGCCAAUGACACUGCUCAAUUUGCAGAGCUCCUGACCCAAGGGGAGCUGACUCGUCGAGCUUGGGAAAAGGAUGUGCAGGUCAUGAAUGAAGGUCCUGGUCAUAUUCCUCUCCACAAAAUUCCAGAAAAUAUGGUAAAACAGCUUGAAUGGUGUAAUGAAGCACCUUUUUAUACUCUUGGUCCAUUGACAACUGAUAUUGCUCCUGGGUAUGAUCAUAUUACAUCAGCUAUUGGUGCUGCAAAUAUUGGAGCACUUGGUACUGCACUUCUUUGUUAUGUAACACCAAAGGAACACCUUGGGUUGCCAAAUCGAGAUGAUGUGAAAGCAGGUGUCAUAGCAUAUAAGAUAGCUGCCCAUGCAGCUGAUUUAGCAAAAGGUCAUCCGCAUGCACAAGAAUGGGAUGAUGCAUUGAGCAAGGCAAGGUUUGAAUUUAGAUGGAUGGACCAGUUUGCCUUAUCUUUAGAUCCUAUGACAGCUAUGGCUUUUCAUGACGAAACCCUCCCAUCUGAAGGUGCUAAGGUGGCACAUUUCUGUUCUAUGUGUGGGCCAAAGUUUUGCUCUAUGAAAAUAACAGAGGAUGUUAGGAAGUACGCUGAGGAACAUGGAUAUGGGACAGCAGAAGAAGCUCUGCAGCAUGGAAUGGAUGCAAUGAGUGCUGAAUUCCUUUCUGCCAAAAAGACUGUUAGUGGGGAACAACAUGGUGAAGUCGGUGGGGAGAUAUACGUGCCUGAGAUUCGCUCCUCCAGCAGUGUCUGAAAGCGACGAGUAUGUAACUAGACGAGAUAAGAGGAGUUGACAAUAAGGUCCAUGAUUAUCAUGGAAAAAUCCUCUUAUUAUCGAUGUUGGGGUGCCAGUCACCAAGUCAUCCAAGCUAUUCAGCAUGGAUGACGGUCGGCUGGCUGAGAAAGUCCCUUCGAACCUGAACAGGGUAAUUCCUGCGUAGGGAGUGUGCGAUAUUUUAUUUUUCUGUUCAUGCUCAGGGAAAACGCCCACCAAACUUUCAGCCAGCUGAUCCUGCACGAACCAUCAUUCAACCACCAAGCCAUCCAUGUCUGAGAACUGAGAAGUAAGCUACAAUAUUUACUUUCGCUUACUUCAACACCGACUUUCCAUUGCGAUUGCAUGCUCAGCAAGCCGGCAACAUGUAGCAUAUUCUCACAAUGGUAAGCAUCAAUUUCCUUGGACAUUCUUAGGUUAAGCUGCAACCAAUCAGUCCUUUGUACUAACUUGGUUUUGGGGUACACAAAAUGAUCUCUUGGUUUGAAAUUUUAGUCGAUAGUUUUCGACCAUGGGUGCUUGCCCACUCUUAAUCUUCUGCUCAUGGCACACAGUUAUGGUGGGAAUGUCAAUAUCUCUAAAGCUGAAUCUGAAAACAGUAUUAGCAGUUCCAACACUGUGAGUGUUUAAAGACUUAAAGCAUUGUCCUAUUAGUAAUGCAGUUAAUCGAUAGAGAGGUCUUUCAUCGAUAA